AUGAUACUUGUAAUUCCUCAAGCCAGUGUCGGAGAAGUACAUCAUGCAAUCCGCACAACUUUCCAGAGGGUCAACGACUUCUUCAUUCCUCCGACCAACCUCAUCAUCACCCAUGUGAGGUUUGCCUUUGUCUUCCUCAAAAAUGAACCUGCGGUACACAAGAUUGACCUGGAGACCUUCCACCGGGUCAAGACCAUCAGCCUGAAGAACUACAGCUGCAUACCGGUCAACAUGGCCUACACACAUCUGAGUGGCUUCUACUUCGUCCAGUGCCAGAGCAAGAGCCACCUGCAAGCCCCGCCCCAGCUCCUCAUCGACAGCGUAACGGACACGGUGAUUGGUCCAAACCUAAACAUCACAGGGCAGCCGUUUGUGUCACCAGACGGGCGCUACAUUGUGACACCUGACCCGCAGAGCUCAAAGCUGAUAGUACAGACCGUGUCUUUCCAGGGGGAGCUGGGUCUGAACCAGGAACUGGACGAGCCUGUAGCUGUCUCCGAUCUGGCUUUCCAGCCGUCCUUCACAGAGUCCAACCAGCAUGUGGUUGUGGCCACCUCAGGCUCAGGCACGGACCUGCUAUUUGCCGAUCUGUCCUCGGGCCGCACUGAGGUUCUCCGGAGCCUCAAGGAGCCCCUGGCCCCCCAAGCCUGGCCCUGGGGAGGCCCCAACAGAGUAGUGGUCUCCAGUGGAUUGUUCGGACAGUACCUGGUGACGCCGUCAGCCGAGUCCCUCUUUGUCCUGAAUGGCAAACAGAGAACGCCGCACUGCGAGGUGUCAGACAUCAAGAGAGGGAACACAGUUGUCUGGGUCGGCGAGGUAUGAGUAAAAAAGAAAAGAAAGAAAGCCAGAGACGUAGGAUUAGGGACAGACGCAAAUGAAAAAAGGAAAGAUCAGGCCAAAUUACCUACUAUAAAGAUUUAUGUGAACAUAAGUUGUGGACUCAACCCUGGGACUGAGCGAGAGGGAUACAUGCCUGGGUUUAUUGUAACAAAAGUACACUUAAAAAUAGAGUAAUUGAGAAAACAUUAAGAAACCCUGUUGUGAUAUUUCUAUUGGGAGAAAGUGUCAAUGCCGUUCAGUGCAACAGUGAUCUAUGUGCACUUAACUAUACAGAAUUGUACAUUAUUGCACUUCCUUCCAUGUUAUCACAGCAAAUAGGUACCUGAAGAGGGGUUAUUAACGAACUAUGAACUAUGCACAAUGCUCACUUUUUUUAGAGUAAAAAGCUUUCCGAUUUUGUUUAUCUCAACAAUGUUUGUCGUUUUCACCAGUGCUGCAUAUAAUCACCACAAACUGUCCGUCUGUCCUGUCUGCCUUUAGUGUAUGUGUGUUCUGAGUCCUUUUAAAAGCUACCAAACCCAUCUGUUUAUUCGCCUUUGUCAUGGUAUUGUACUGUAUCCUCCCUCUGAAAGCUUUCAUUCUCCUCAUGCCGGCAGAGGUUGGCUUUAUGCACACGUGUAAUACCCUCUAUUUACAUUGUCUAUCCAAAGAGCCCGACUGGUCCAUUAGCCGUCGUCAAUGGAUGUUUCGCUCGCAGAGGAAGCCUAACCAGAAAUGAACAGUACAUCUUUUGGUCUCUUGCAAUGGUAUAAUCUGUCCCCCGCUGUCUCUCACAUUUAUUCUAUACCUACAGCACAACUCUGUGCUGCCGAGCCUGAAAAUGCCACUUAGCAGAUUCCCUCAGGGUAAUGACUCCGGUUUACGCUGACCCCACAUGCUGAGGCCGUGCCAAAGUGGCAUCAACUCCACUAUCUGACUGGCUGUGAGCAUUUGUACAUCCUCUCAGAGAGCCAUGCAUCAAGAUCAAACUCCAAGGCAGGUAGACUCCACUUACCAUGUGGUAGUUAUUCAGCUUUACGUAAAGGACUGUAAGACAAACAGAAUAUCUUUUUAUUAGUUAGGUCUAGUCAGCAACAAAACUUAUAUUUUGGAUUUGUCAUUUGUAUCUGGAUAGUUGAGAUAAAAAAAAUGUGCUGUAUCUCAAAACCUAGUACCCUGUUUGAAAAGUAGGGUUACAUUGUAAAGACAUUAGCAUUACAUACAGUUUUACCUUCAUCCUAUUUCCAGGAAUAAUUAUCAAUUGUUAAAUUACAAAAAUGACCAUAAUUUUAAAGGUUUCCUAAUAAUUACAAUCAUUGAAAGUGUAUACCUACUUUUGAAAAAAAACGGUAUUAUCUGUCUUGAGGCAGUAACCGAAUAAACACCAGCAGCUCUUCGUCCUUCAUAAUAUCAGAUAUGUUCUCUCUGUGUUCCAAUCAUCAUCUUUGUAAUUUACUUUUGCCAUUUGCACUAAUCAUUAUAAUGAUGGUCCAUUAGCAGCAAGACAAUGCUGCUGUUUCUCUGCGGAUGUAAUAAUGUUAUCAGAAAUUACUGGAAUUAUAAUGUCUCAAACAUCUCUGCCCCUUGACAGCAGUGCUGAACGUCUCUACGUGAAUACUUGGCCCGGACAUCCCGCUUGAUGGCUCAUAGAUAUUGGCUGAAAAUGGGUGCCAGUCUUGGGGCAAUGUUUUGUUUUGUUUUUUCUCUUAAUGCUGCAAAGCCUCCAAACCUCAAACUACAGUUAAAAAAUGAAGGUCCGCCUUCACCAUUUGGUACAGAUGUUUUCGUUUUCUAAUUUUACAUUUAAGAUAGAUCAAAAAGCUGAUUCCUGUAGCAGACAAAUUUUGUAUUUUACCAAAAUAAGCAUUUAAAUAAUCACAUGAAUAAGCCUGCUUCUAAUUUUGAAAUUAGAAAACAUACAUACUUAGAAAACUAGCGCCCUUCAUCAUUGUAUUUCUAGAAUUUGCUGUGUUCUAAAUAUAGUCAGCCUGUCUAAAUCUAUUUUUAAAUUAGCUUUCACUGCCAGCACAAAUCAGUGAGAAGCAACACAUAAGACAUAAUCCAGAACUUUACUAAUAAAUUAAAUCACCUAGAAAUCAUGGGCUAUGGAAACAGAAGCACUAAUUCUCAGUCCCUUCAUGGAAAGAGGAAAUAUUUUCUUGAUAGUCUUUGGAAGCUCUCUUGUACAUACAGUGUGUGCUCAAAUACUCACAGCCUGUAGGAUUUUGCAGUUGUUGACUGUUUUCUUUCUUGGUGCAUUAAAUUUGUUUUAAAGAAGUGGGAUUGAACUCGUAUUUAUCUCUGAAGGCCGUCCACAGACCAAGAAGUCCAAAGGAGCCGUGUAAGAAAAGUGUACCACUGUAAGUCUAACUGGAGUUUCCUGAAUGGAGUAUAUCUGCUCAUGUGUUGUUGUUUUUUUACCCCGACACAAACAGCAGCCCAAAUUAAAUAUUAACCAUCAUCUCCUAAUAUGUAGUUGUGCCUGUAACUCCCCUGAUGCGAUGCAAUGUGUAGGGUAGAAGCCACGCUGUGUGAGAAAAGAAAAAGUUAAACACAGGAGUGAAGCAGAUUUGUUGUUCUUGUGUGUGAUUUAGGUAUUUGCUGCUAAUCUGCCAUGAAAAUACAUUCUGGCAUGAAAGCCUGCUAAAUGAACUUUUUGAAGGCAAUGACUUAAUGAUAGACCACUGUUGCACUGAGGAGAGAAUAUACUAUCUGACAUACAUUUAUGUUUAAUGAAUGGAAAUUUGUCAAAUUGGUAGCCCAGUUUUCUCACUGUAUCAAUGAAAAAAAGAAUUGUCAACUUACUUUUAAAAAAUUCAGGCUCUGAUGCUUCCUAAAGUCACUAUCCCAUCCAAAGUCACUCCCCAGUGGCUCUAAUGGAGCCAUCUACAGUAUUGGACAUCUCCAAGACAUGCAUGUAAUGAAAAUAGACCUUCAACAUGAUCAUCAUUUACCACUCUCAGUGAUCUCUCACAGUCACAUACGGUUUACAGUUGCUUGUGAAAAAGUCACUUUUUCGCCCUGUCAUCGUCACGUCCGUCCGCUUAUCUCUUAAGGUUGAUUCAGCAGUAUGACAUUGCUACUAGAGCCAAGGAGAGCAAGAACAAAGAGACUGCACCUGCGCUUGCUGAUAUAACUUCAUUAUUGGCUAGCCCAUGUUGUUUGUUUGGAUCUACCUUCAGUGUCACAUGACUAUUUCCGUACCUCUCCUUGAACCCUCAAGUAAGGGGGCUGCAGAGCUGAACCGCUUGGUGUGAUAGACAUUGAUAGGAACCACUGUUGUAGAUAACCUUGUUCAUGUUUAGAACACGUUCAGACAUGACAAAACUGACUGUACAGUUUUCUUUAUGCAUUUUGUGUGUUCUGGUUUAUGAGGGAAUUGUUUUGUAAGAAAAAAUGGAA